CUCCUUGCAGCACUGCGCCUGCGCGGCGCGCGGGACGGAAGGGGCGGGGCCGCUGUGCCGGAAGCGGCGUGAGGAGGCAUGGCGGCGCUGGCGCGGGCCGCGAGCUGCCAGGCUGAAGUAACUCAAUGGAUAACAGCUUGCAGUGGGCUAUUACAGACAGCCAUGGUCCAAGGCCAGUGUAGGAGGAUGCUUCAUGGUAUUUUCCAGAGAUGCAAAACUGGCCAGUUCCAGCUGCCUAAAGCCUGUGACAGAUUGAUUCAAGCCGAUGGAGCCACAACGCAUCAGAAUAGAUUGAUUUACAGUACGAAUAAGCAACUUUCUGCAAAAGAUCCUGUGCAAACAUCUGAAGAGAAAGUAGGUCCUUUCACAAGGAUAAUAGAAGCAAUGGGUUUCACAGGCCCACUGAAGUACAGCAGAUGGAAAAUUAAGGUAGCAGCUUUGCGCAUGUACACAUGCUGUGUGGAGAAAACUGACUACGAGGAAUUUUUUAACAAGUGCCAAAUGCCUGAUACAUUGAAUUCAUGGUUUCUAGUAGCCCAGCUUCAUGUCUGGAUGUGUCUGGUGCGAAUGAAGCAGGAGGGCCGCGCAGGAAAAUAUAUGUGUCGCUAUAUAGUUCACUGCAUGUGGGAGGAUGUUGAGCAGCGCGGUAAGGUGAUGGGGAUUAAUUCUGUUGUUCUAAAGCAAGAUUUGAGAAGUAUGGUAGAAAAUUUCUAUGCAGCUCUGUUUGGAUAUGAUGAGGGAAUCCUGUCUGAUGAUCAUGUUCUGGCAGCAGCUCUAUGGAGAAACCUUUUUAACAGGAACUGUGAGGACCCUCGGCAUCUGGAGUUACUCGUGGAAUAUGUGCGCAAACAGGUGCAGCACCUGGAUGCGCUGAGCGGGGAGGACCUGCUGCUGACAGGCGAGGUGAGCUGGAGGCCUCUCGUGGAGAGCAACGCUCGCAGCAUCCUCAAGCCCCUUUCUCCUGUUUACAACGAUGAAGGACUCUGAGAGCAUUCAUCAAACCAGCUUGGGAAGCAGGCCUGAAACGGAACUGGGCUGAGGCUGUGGGAUCAGGAAGAAAAGUCUGCUGUUGAAAAAGAAUGUAUUUAAAUAGAUGUCUUACCUGUGGUGACUCGAUAGCAAAUUGGACAGCCAUACUCUUCUGAAUUUUCACCUGGUUUGAGAACUUCUGUUCUUUUUAUGGCACAGAGUGGUCCUUGUAAACAAAUUGCAAGACCUGCCUUCCAUCUUUGGGAAAACAGAUAUUUUAACCACGGCUUAGAGUUAUCUCCAGAAGCCAUUUCUGUCCCUUGCCUCAUUUGGAGAGCUGCUACCUACAGAAACAACGGUAUCCCUCUGCUGGCUGAAUGGUUGUGAAUACAAAUCUGAGCUUUGCAUUGUAGAUAGUAAUGAAUUCUAAAAGCCUGAUAUCAAGAAGGAAUGGCCCAUUUUUCUUUAAUAGAGUUAAGAGUUACUUUAUCAGGUUCUGAAGGAUUUUCCAUGAAAAUCCUUUUUAGGAACUCUGCUCUGUUGCACAAGAAUAGGAGGAUGCAAAGAAUAAUGCACAGUCCCCAGUAGUCCUCUUUGACUCUAGCCAUCUUAAUGAGGAAAGAGUCUGAAACGUUUUUGGGCUGCCACCAAAAGCUGUCUCAGAGUGCUUGGUAUUUCAGAGGAGCUCUGCCUUGCUGAUAUUUCCAUAUUCGUUUUAGACCGCUGGUCUAAGAAUUUCUUCCUGAAAAUAACAUCUCUGUUUCUGUCCAUGGCUCUUAAUGGGAUAGGACUGUGCUGCCUCCCACCCCCAAAGCAGUGGUCCAGGGCUUUUCAACAAGGCCUAUCAACCCCAGCUAAAAGUUGAUAUGGCUGUGAAAGCAAAUUACCCCAAUACAGUAAUUAUGGGAGCCAGAGCUCCACUAAUUAAACCAGCAGAGGCUGAGGUGUACUGCGUAGGUGGAUGGUUCACCAGGCUAUUUCCAGGUCAGUGACAAAACAGUUUUCAUUUCUCUUCUGUCAAAAUUGUAGUUGGUAAUAAAUGCCAUUCUGGGUGAAA